UUCUUCGGAAAUAUACACGCGACGGGCUAGCUCUGCAGACAGGCGCGUUGCGCGUCGACGACGACAGUAUCGGGUCUCAUAUUUAUUUUUAAAAUUCAAUUUCAAUCUUUUUCACGAACACCCAUCGCCGUUUUAUUGAAUUUUCGAGAUUUUGCAACAACUUCCAUCUAGGCCUUCCGGACUUUCGUGUGUAUCUUUUCGGCUUAAGUGCAAUUUCUUCUGAGGCGGGAGAAAAUAAAUUACAUCUGCUUUGGUAAUAAAAAUGUUGAUGUGACGAAUUCUCCAUUCAUUGAGUUUAAAAGUGGCACCUCCCUAGAGAGUGGAUAAUUGAAUUAUUUCAGAAAUUGAAAGUGAUCAGAUGGACCAAACGAUUUUUUUAUAAUUUCUGUGCGGGCUGAAGUAUUUUCGGGAGUGAAAAAUUAGUGGAGAAGUGUAAAGAUUGUGUACCCUAGAGCAGUAUUUGGAGCUAAACUUGGAGCUGAAUAGCUUUGCAAUAUUGUCACGUUGCCGAAGAUCACGGGCUUGUUUGCAGAAGUCAAUGAGAUUUCGAAUGAAGAUAACAAAUCCCGAGUAGCAAUACCAGCCAAAUAAACAGUGUACCAACAACUUCCUUCAUCGGAAAAGAUAAAUCAUUUAAAAAGAUAAUUAGAUUCUAGCCAUUGGCAUUGUGUGUGGGAAUGCAUUGAGGGCACAAUUCGUACGUUGCGGGCACAUGGCGCACCGCUUUGUUUCCAUCAACGUUUUCUGGUCGUACCACGUUCGUUUCGUUCGGUAGCCAUUAGUGAAUGCACUUGCGGCUGCGUAAAUGCGUGAAAACCUAGGGUGUGCAUCUUCGAGACGGCGAAUAGUAUGUGACCACAACAGGGCCUUUGCCCUUAGAGUGCACACGUUGUGAGCGGCCGCAGGCAGCAGUCAGUGGGUUAGAAUUUUAAUUUUGUUGUGUUUUGUUAGCCCCGGAAUAGUGUGCUAUGUUCGACUUUACGGGAAAAGUGCCUAGAAAAUGUGAGUAAAUCAUGAAAAAGAGGAAGAAAUUCCGAAAAGUGAUUUGAAUUUCAAAUGAAUUCCAAUUUAAAAGUAGUAAAAUAAAACAAGUGUAUUUAUUGCUGUAAAAGAAUAAAAAUGCUGGUGGUGUAGAAGAAGUAAUCGGAAUUCCCUAAAAUGUGAAAAUAAUUCUAAGACCGGGGAAGAAGUGAGCGCUCAGUAGUAAUAAGAUUUAUCUAACAGUUUUAUAGUGAAAUAGUAUGGAUUAGAUAUGGCACUCCUGUACCAUAAUCUGUACAAUGCUCGGUUUCCCGCAACUAUUUUUGUGCUGCUUACCGUCUUGGGUACACUUCACGCAAAUACUGCAGGAGCGGGACAUUACUCAUCGUCGCCAGUCUAUGCCCAUUUUGGAUAUAGCAAUUCAUCUUCAGCGGCGUCAACUGGUUCCUCCCAGCUAGAUACAAGUGCGAAAGAUGUCAGCAACACAUCUUUGUUUGUAUUACAUCGUCAGAAACGCACGGAUAAGGAGGAUUUGUGUGAAAGCAAGUGCAAAUGUGAGCAAAGGCCAUAUUUCCUAGCCGUCGAAUGCGACUUAAACCGACCUCAGGAAUAUACAUUCGGGACGAAAAACUUUAUUCCACCUAAAGCUACCUCAUUUGCAGUCAAACUAGCAGCUAAGGCCAAAUUAAGGAUUGAAGCAGAUUUUUUUAAAGAGACCAGAGUAAAUAAAAUAUUAAUUGAAGGACCAAUUGAUCCAAAAAGCGUCCAGAUAGAAUUUCGUACGAAUGCGUCUACCAAGAGCAUAGCCCCAAAUCCUGAAAUUACAAUAAGGAAUUGCCAUACAUUAGUAUUGCGCGAAUAUUCAAUAGGAGGUGACAUAAAACUGAAAAUCCAAAACUGCACCACGGUAAUCUUUUUCAAAAACGCUUUAAAUUCAGCAAAAUUUCACGGUGAAAUAGAGGAUGUUGAAGAUCUUAGAAUUGCAGAGCUGGCUUUUGAUGAAGCUCAAGGAAAAAUUGACAUCUAUAGAUCUUUCAUAGAAAAUUUAUAUAGCUUGCAAGGAAUUUUUCGUCAGAUUGCAUUUUACAAUUGCACGAUUGGAAACAUUACUGGCAAAACAUUUAACGUGCUAGAGAUUAAUGCAAUUAUAUUUGAUAACUGUCGAAUAGGCGUUAUCAAUACGAAUGCCAUAACUGAGAAGGUUUGGAGUAAGAAUUUGCAAAUUACUGGAGGCUAUAUAGGUGUUAUUGAACGGAAAGCCAUAGAUGGGAGCGGAAUAACGGAAUUAAUUUUAUCCAAUAAUCACAUCGACACCAUUCAGGAAAAGGCCAUUCGAGUAUUUUCCAUAAAUGCCACAAUAACCAACAAUCGAAUUUUACUUGUUGACAAGGAAUGGAUGGAAGUUAAAGAAUGGACAAAUUUUAUUGUCUCGAAUAACACUUUUGGGAAAUUCAGUCUAAUGACUUUGGAUAAACGAAACAAUAAAUCUGUUAAAUGCAUUUUUGAGAAAAAUCUAAUAACUCUUGCUAUGCCAGGCUCUCUAAAUCUAACAAAUAAGAACUGCAUGAUUCGUGAGAUCGCAUUCGGCCAUGACUGCAAAUGCUUGAAAUAUGAUAACUGGCUGGAAAAACUUACCUCGAGAGACAUAAGAUCUGAGAGUUAUUGCACAAUAAAAGAGGAUUUGAAAUUUUGCUUUAACAGGACACAAUUGAAUGUCCUGAAAUACGAAAAUGAAGUCUGCAGUGAGUCGUCAGAGACUCUUGAUUGCAUGAAACAAAACAAUUUGAAAUUUAUCGACGGGGAAUUUAUAAAACCCCAAGAAUUUGAGCGCAGGAAGAUUAACCAUUGGUACUACAUUAUAGGAGCCUGUAUUGUAUUAGUGAUACUUAUCAUAAUACUGAUUAUUGUAUUUGCAAUAUUUACGAGGAAACGAAAGUCAAUUAUGACACGGGAAUUCGAUGAAAAUGCUCAAUCGUUAACUAAUCGUGGCCGUUUUUCCAAGGAAGAUCGGCGUGUUAUAAAGCAGACAAUGGAAACUGUAAAACAAAACUACUCGCAUGACAUUUACAAAGAGCUCGACAAGCAUGUACAAAGUCUUCUAAAGGAAGACAUAGAUGAAACCGAAUUAGUUCAAACGAUCGCUCUCAUUGUGCCAAUCUUACAUAAUUGCGAAAACUCCGGAGAUAGUUUUGUGGCAUUCACAGCAAUUUUGGGAAAACUACUUCAACCAGCUGAUGAUGACCUUCUUGACCCCGUGUACGCGGAGCCUCAACUUCCAGACCGAGUGAUUUAUAACCAAAUUCCGGAAGGGCAAACAGAGGUAGAACACAUUUACACAGAGCCGCUUAGUGUGCAGCAGCCGCUCCUAACUAACGAAUAUGCGACACCGGCUGAUCGGAAUGAGGCAACAGCUGUCUAUGCGGAACCAAUUGGAAUUGAUAAAGCAAGUAAUCUUAUUCCGCCAUAUGCUGCAGUAACACCAAGGCGAACACUCACCGAUAAUAUGCACAAUUCUCUUCUCCAACAACCAUCCACAUCACACAAUCUACCAGAUGUGUUGAACUCCCUAUCGGGGCGCAAACCAAUGACCAAUGUCCAAAAGUUAGCUGAAAAUUUCUCAAAUAAUCCAAAAUUUCACAUAAAUCGAUCGCCAACUACAAACCGGCGAAUACCGCAAUAUACGAUUCCAAAUAAAGACAGGACGCCAGGCCCCAGUCGGCCUAACACUAGAAAUAAUCCAUCCUCUUUGGAAACUAGCUCAAAUCAUUCGGGUAGUAGCGACAUUACUGUUAAAAUUGAUGACAUCGACUAUGCGGAUGCAUGAUGGCGAACGAAAUUUUUUACAAAUAUUCGCAAAUAGUAGAAUCUUCUAAUGUGAAUCUUUCGAAUGGCGUGGGAAAAGUAUCAAAAUCUUUAAAAAUUGUUCUUUUCCUACAGAAUACAUACGAGAAGGAAUGAAUGAUUUGUAAAUUUGAUUUUGAUCUUAAAAUAUUUUAUGACGGCUUAGGUGUAAGUACGCAGAUAUACAUAUGUGUUGUAUUUCUAGAAAUGAUAUUUAUUCACCAAUUGUCAAAAUAUAUCCUUUGUUUUGUAAAUGAAAGACUCGCCGAAACUUACGUUAACGUAAUAGUAUCUGUUAAGAAUGAUCGCAAUUUAAGUCUAACUAUGUGAUGAUAUUGCUGAUUGCAAUAAGUUUGUUAGUUAUUAAUGAAUAACGAGUGAUAUACAUAAUAUUUCACAUAAUUACUGAAAUAUUUUUCUAAAUAGUUUUUUUUUGUAAAAAAAUAAAUGCUGUUGAA